AUGCGAGAAUUAUGCGAAACUUCAGAAGGAAGAAAUUCUUGCAUUAUGCGAAUCCAGACAGAUGAAGCUGAUGAAAACUGCUGCAGAGUCUGUUUCUCGCCGAAAAGUUACGAAAUUCAACUUCAAAACAUAAGGCAAACACUCAUGCGAGAGAUAUUCGAAAACCGGAAUCGGGCAGACGAAAGAAUUAUGCGUUUCGAAGAGAGACCAGAGCUCAACCGGGAUAACCAGGGGCAAGCAGAUGAAGCUGAUGAAAACUGCUGCAGAGUCUGCUUCUCGCCCUUCGACAAGAACCAGCAUCACCGGGCGGUUAUCAAGUCUUGCUGGCAUACUUUCUGCCUCUCCUGUCUCGAAUCCGUCAAUCCAAAAAGCUGUCCAAUCUGCAGAAAGCCGUUCGAAACGACCGAAGUACAAAAACUCUUCUAA